AGCCCGGCAGCCGGGAGCAUGGCCUCUCCCCGGACUCCUGUGUCCCCUCCGGAGUUACCCGAAAGGAACUUACAGUACCGCCAAGUCCAAUACUGGGACCAGCGCUACAAAGAUGCGGCCGACUCCGGACCCUACGAGUGGUUCGGGGACUUCGCUUCCUUCCGUGCCCUCCUAGAGCCGGAGCUGUGUCCUGAGGACCGUAUCCUCGUGCUAGGCUGCGGGAACAGUGCCUUGAGCUACGAGCUAUUCCUUGGAGGCUUCCCUAACGUGACCAGUGUGGAUUACUCUCCAGUAGUGGUGGCAGCCAUGCAAGUUCGCUACGCCCAUGUACCCAGUCUACGCUGGGAGACCAUGGAUAUUCGAGCACUGAACUUCCCUAGUGGGUCCUUCGAUGUUGUCCUGGAGAAGGGUACACUGGAUGCCCUGCUGGCUGGGGAGCCAGAUCCCUGGAACGUAUCUUCUGAAGGUGUCCACACUGUGGACCAGGUGCUGAGUGAGGUGGGAUUCCAGAAGAGGACAAGACAACUCUUUGGUUCACACACACAGUUGGAGCUGGUCUUGGCAGGCCUCAUUCUAGUGUUGGCUGCCCUUCUUUUGGGCUGCCUCGUGGCUCUGUGGGUCCAGUACCACAGAGACCCAGUCCACAGCACCUGCAUCACAGAAGCCUGCAUUCGAGUGGCUGGAAAAAUCCUGGAGUCUUUAGACCGUGGGGUGAGCCCCUGUCAGGACUUUUACCAGUUCUCCUGUGGAGGCUGGAUUCGAAGAAACCCUCUACCCAGUGGACGUUCUCGCUGGAACACCUUCAACAGCCUUUGGGACCAGAAUCAGGCCAUACUGAAGCACCUACUUGAGAAUAGCACUUUCAAUUCCAGCAGUGAAGCCGAGCGGAAGACGCGGAGUUUCUACCUGUCCUGCCUGCAGCUGGAGCGCAUUGAGAAGCUAGGAGCCAAGCCACUUCAAGACCUCAUUGACAAGAUCGGUGGUUGGAACAUCACAGGGCCUUGGGAUGAGGACAACUUCAUGGAAGUGCUAAAGGCAGUAGCAGGGACCUAUAGAGCCACCCCAUUCUUCACUGUCUAUGUCAGUGCUGAUUCGAAGAGUUCUAACAGCAAUAUCAUCCAGGUGGACCAGUCUGGGCUUUUUCUACCCUCUCGUGAUUACUACCUAAAUAGAACUGCCAAUGAGAAAGUUCUCGCUGCCUACCUGGACUACAUGGUGGAGCUGGGAAUGCUGCUGGGUGGACAGCCGACCUCCACCCGGGCGCAGAUGCAGCAGGUGCUGGAACUGGAGAUACAACUGGCUACCAUCACUGUGCCCCAGGACCAGCGGCGUGAUGAGGAGAAGAUCUAUCACAAGAUGAGCAUCUCAGAGCUGCAGACUCUAGCACCCUCCAUGGACUGGCUGGAGUUCCUUUCUUUCUUGUUGUCGCCACUUGAGUUGGGUGACUCUGAGCCCGUGGUGGUGUAUGGGACUGAGUAUUUACAGCAGGUGUCGGAGCUCAUUAACCGUACGGAACCAAGCGUCCUGAACAAUUACCUAAUUUGGAACCUGGUGCAGAAGACAACCUCAAGCCUCGACCAGCGCUUUGAGACUGCACAGGAGAAGCUGCUGGAGACCCUCUACGGUACCAAGAAGUCCUGCACCCCGAGGUGGCAGACGUGCAUCUCCAAUACCGAUGAUGCCCUUGGCUUCGCUCUGGGCUCGCUCUUUGUGAAGGCCACAUUUGACCGACAAAGCAAGGAAAUUGCCGAGGGGAUGAUCAGUGAAAUCCGCUCUGCUUUUGAAGAGACUCUGGAAAACUUGGUUUGGAUGGACGAGAAGACCCGGCUGGCAGCCAAGGAGAAAGCAGAUGCCAUCUAUGAUAUGAUUGGUUUCCCUGAUUUCAUCUUGGAGCCCAAAGAACUGGACGAUGUUUAUGAUGGGUAUGAAGUCUCUGAAGAUUCUUUUUUCCAAAACAUGCUGAACCUGUACAACUUCUCAGCUAAGGUGAUGGCUGACCAGCUCCGCAAACCUCCCAGCCGAGACCAGUGGAGCAUGACGCCUCAGACUGUGAACGCUUACUACCUUCCAACCAAGAAUGAAAUCGUCUUCCCUGCUGGCAUCCUGCAGGCCCCCUUCUAUGCUCACAACCACCCAAAGGCUUUGAACUUCGGUGGCAUCGGUGUGGUGAUGGGCCACGAGUUGACACAUGCCUUUGAUGACCAAGGGCGCGAGUAUGACCAAGAAGGGAAUCUGCGGCCUUGGUGGCAGAAUGAAUCACUCACGGCUUUCCAGAAUCAUACAGCCUGCAUGGAAGAACAGUACAACCAGUACCAGGUCAAUGGAGAAAGGCUCAACGGACUCCAGACCCUGGGGGAAAACAUCGCCGAUAAUGGGGGCCUCAAGGCUGCUUACAAUGCAUACAAAGCAUGGCUGAGGAAGCAUGGGGAGGAGCAGCCGCUGCCUGCUGUGGGGCUCACCAAUCACCAGCUCUUCUUCGUGGGAUUUGCUCAGGUGUGGUGCUCGGUCCGCACACCAGAGAGCUCUCACGAGGGGCUGGUGACCGACCCCCACAGCCCUGCCCGUUUCCGAGUGCUGGGCACUCUCUCCAACUCCCGAGACUUCCUUCGGCACUUCGGCUGCCCUGUCGGCUCCCCCAUGAACCCAGGGCAGCUAUGUGAGGUGUGGUAGACUUGGGUGGGGGGAAGAAACGGGCAACUGUGGCCAGGGACUGGGCUUCCAAGCUAGGAGAGAGUGAAGAUCAGCUUACGGUAUGGUCGUCUAGCACAAGUGAGAUGACUCUAGACCCCCACCACCACCACUACCACCACAUUGUGCCUCUGCUUUAGGGGUGCCUGUGCCUCUAGCAGAGAUCCCGCCAUUUACUGUGACAUCCUCUCACGUGUCACCCUGGAGGGAGUCUAGGCAGAAGUGUCAGUUCCCACAGAGAUGACUGUCUCUUUUGGAGUCCAGGCUUACUUAGUUUCAGGGGUUGGGGGCGGGGUCAAGAGGAUAUGCCUGGGGCGUGCCUAUCUCUCCCCAGGGCAUGCUCAGUUCUCCGAGUUGAGCUCAGCUCCCUUCAGCCCACCCUCAGGCUGCCCCCCACCCAUGUUCCUUAUGCUCCUCCUAGUACUGCUGCUGCUCCCCUCCAGGACAGACCAACUGAAGUCAAGUGGAAGGCCAAGGGCUCUUUUGAGUGAGAGGAGAAAUAUGUAUGCACAGUGGGUGCUGCUUCCCUGUGUUUCAAGGUGUGAGUCUCAGGGGUGACUGACUGUCCCCGGGGCCCAGCAGAAAAGCAGAUCUAGUAGAAAAAGAGAAAGUUUAUUUUUGCAGGGAAGAGAGUGGGGAGGGUGUGGUCUUGCCUUUAUAGGACCCGUUGCUAAUAAAUAGAUUCAUAUCAGCCA